CCUUGACAAAAUAACCUCCCUGGAGGAGGCAAUCAAGUCUACCCAAGACUAACAUUUGUCUUUCCUCACAGCGGGUGUAGUGCACAGUGUGCCAUAAUUGCAAUUCUCUUGGUUUUGUGAGCGCUUUGAAAGUUGAUAGACCACCACGGGUGGACCAUCUCAAGUGACCAGAUUCAAAAUUAGACCAGUCCAAGGAUGAGGUGCAUCGUGGACUGUCUGAAUUAUUGAAAUGUGGAAACAUGGACUAGAGCCCAGAUGAUAUUGGUGGUUAGAUCAUCUGUAGGUCUAUUUCAACAUGGAUGACCUCUUUCAACCACUGUUCCCUACUGUCAUGUAAUCAUUGCGAUACAUGGAAGAGACCUACAAGUAUAUCUUACAGACCAGGGGUGUCCGAAAUGCGGCCCAUGGCUUUUAUUGGCCCUUUUAACAUGAAAAAGACGAGUAAUUUUACAAGAAUAAAGAUGAAAUAUUACGAGUACAGUCAUAUUAAGAGAAAAAAUUGCAUAAAGUUAAAGUUGUCAAGUUGCAAUUUUUGAAAAAUUAGGUUGGGGAAAAAGUAGUAUAAAGUCCAAAUCUCACUAUUUCCAGUCCAAAUAUGACAUUUUGAGAAAAAUGUACAAGUUGAAAUAUUAAAAAGAAAAAAGUGUAAUGUAAGGACAAAAGUUUUAAUAUGUUUUGUCACGAAUAACAAAGCUGAGAUGCAAGCUGUUUUCUUUCUUUAAAUAUAAAAUAAUGGCAUAUCUACACAGGUUUUUUAUGAAAUUUUAUUUUAUUUUAAAAGUGGCCCCCGCGCCUUUUGAUUUUUCAGUAUGCGGCCCUGUUUGGACACCCCUGUUACAGACAAAAGAAAGGAUUUUGAAAGUGUGGCGCAGUCAGCUUCCUCUCAGAAAAUAUAAUAUGGUUGCUGCCUCCCUCAUCCCCAAACAAAUGAUUUUCUGGAGCAUAUUUUGUGGAUAUGUUUUUGCUCACCCCAGACUCCAUUUACUCUCUCACUGCAGGAACUAAAAAUGGAUUCAUUUUUACUUGGACAAAACACUGUACAGUAAUUGGUAUUGACAGUGUUUACCUGUUGAAGCACCUGUACUUGGCAGGCUGGUAUCUUUGCGGUAGGGGGGCCAGUUGGGCGCUUAGGGCUUCCAGGAGCUCAUCAUUCCGGCCUAAAGCUUCCCUCCAUGGGGAACAGUAGGAUCUGGGAAUCACUGUUGUGUUGAACUUCUCACGAGGAAUCUCCUUCAGUGGACCAGAAUAUCCUGGCGGAAGAAAAAGCCGUGUAUAAAUAUAAGAAUGAUGCCACUGUGCUCACUCCAAUCUAAUUCUAAGGCUCCAACAAGAGCUCUGAUGUACAUGUAGACCUAAUAGAGCAUCACAGCUAUACUAAUCCAUUCUCAUGUUAAUCACAUACGCUAUUUAUGAAAAGCUCUCUGUUAAACUAAAAGCAAUACAAUGCUUGAUGUUUCAGAAGAAAGUCUACAAGCAUUGGCUUCGUCCAGGCGCCAGCAUUAGGCUGAGCUAGCCGUCAUGCUUGUGCAGCACUGCGCAGUCACCAUUUACCUGGAGCCAGGACAUCAGGACUGCCCUUCUUUGCUACCGUCUUCUGAAGGUUCAUGACCAGGCUAUGCUUACCAGGGAUAGAGAUAGCUUUGUUCUCUUUUCCUCCCCGAGGCGCUUCGGUGAUUUGCGGGGGAGGAACAGCCACUGGAUGGGCCUGGGAAAGGGACAGUUAGAUUUGUUGCACUCAAAAGGGUUUUACGAGUCCAGUUUAAUCAUACCUCUGAGCUAUCGGGGGGCGCAGUUUUGCAAAGUUUUCUAAAGUAUGAAAAGGCUUAAGGUUAUCAAAGCCUUGCUUUCAGGUUCUAAGAAGACCGAACAAUACAGGAAAUCAGAACUAUAAAGUAAACAUAAUUAGAAAGAUAGACUUAAUCUAUGCCAUUGUUAGAUGUGGGAUUCACACCCACGCUUCCAUUUGGAGACCAGAAACCCCAAUUGAGGAAGGUUACCCUUGAGUCUGGCGCCUUAAGACCCCUUGGCCAUCCUGACGACUGAAGAUAGUCGGUAUCCUCACCCAACAUGUGGCAAACCUUCACUGGCUAACAAAGCUAUUACCAGUUCCUUUUUUUGUUAUCGACACUGUCAUGGGUGUAUAGUUAACGCUAAAAAAACAUAAGCAACGCUCAGUAUAGUGCACAAAAACAGUGACAUAGCCAAAGUGCAUUCCAUUUUCGGCCAGCAGCUAAUUUUUAAUUGACCCUUGGCAUAUUAAUGAAAUAUAUUGUGAGGUUUUACACCAGUGUGCUAUGUCACCACACUAAGAUGUGGUUGUUUUGUUCAGAUUAGCAUAUAAUGACUUGCAUUGGAUUCAUUUUAGCAUCUUUUGCGCACAAAGUAUGACGGUAUUCUCCCUAAUUGUUAGAACCAUAAUUUAACAAGUUUGUGUCGUUUGUGCUCCACUGAUAAUGUUUGGCUUUUGAUGUUGUUUUGUCCCACUGUGUCUGGCCGUCAAUGAACGCACCACAGUCGUGUGCUGUGACGCCAAUUGACGCUACACAGGUAGGCGUACUUUCCUCUUCUUCCUCGCGCGUCAUCCUUCUUUCCCCAAGUUAAUGCUGUGCGUGAGCGCAUAAAGGUGAGGCUUCAAUUCCGUUGUUAGUAGUGAUGGGAAUUUGGGCUCCUUUUAGAGAGCCGGUUCUUUUGGCUCGGCUCACUAAAAAGGGUCGGCUCCUUUGGGCUCCCAAGUGGCUCCUCAACUUUUUUUGUCUUCAUUUGUUACCAAAUUAUGUGUGUAAAAUUAAUUACUAAUGUAAAAAAUACAUAUGAAAUGUUUACUAAUUAAAUGGGUUUAUUUAAAUCCUCAUUGAACAGCUACAAAACAUAUAAGGUACAAAAUGAAAGACCUGUCUCAGUAGACAAGGUCAAAUCUCUGUAUGCAUAUGUGUAACUAUUUACAAUCAAACAACAUCAACAAAACACAACACGAUUAAGCAUAAAUGAAAAUGUGCAAAAUAAAAAGAAAAAGCAGCAUCCAGGUACCAGUUGUGUCUUUACUGAAGAUUGGCUUUCACUUUUAAGUCCCCAAAUGCCAGAAAACUCUCCAACGACGCCAGAGAAAGUUGCUGGAUUUGUGUUUAAUAAGUCUCAAAGCUUGCUCAUUGAUGAACUGUUAAUUUCAGCAGCGAGUAGUAGCUUACGCUUAUGUUGUUGUGAGCACCAAUGGCAGCGUUCUCCAGCGUGAACCUCUCAGCUCUCUUCUGCCUCUCCUGAAACAUACGAGAGCCUCGAUUGGACGGGAGGUUGAGCUCCUCUAUCAUCACAUCUUGCGGGACGCUGAUCUUCUUCCCCAGACUUAGACGCCCUGAGAUAACAUGAAUGCGCUUUAAUAAGAGUAUACCUGUACUGUAUGUGCACAGGGGUUGCUGUAGAAGCAUGUGCGGCAUGGCAUGAGAUGACCCAGGAACCUUUGGCCAAUCACUUUCUUCUUACUUCCUUCUGUGUUAAACAAAUGAAAGCUACUCAUUUAAAGCAGGGGUGUCCAAAGUGCAGCCCCGGGGACCAUUUGCGGCUCGCGGCUUUUUUUUACUGGCCUGCGGCACAUUCUAAAAAUAUGAUCACAAGAUAACAAGAAAACUAAACAGCAAAAAAUGGAAAAAUCUGUAAUUUUACAAGAAAAUAUAGUCAAAAUAUUUAAAGAUAAACGUAAAGAAGUCCUACUUUUAUGAGAAUGUAAUAUUAUGAGGAAAAAUUACGUCAUUUUAGUAACAAAAAGAAAUAGCUUUUUAAAAAAACAAACAAAAACAAAGUUAUAUGAGAAACACACAAAAUGAAUAAAGCUGUAAUUUUUGGAAACAUAAAAAUGUUCUGAAAGAAAAGUGAAAAUAUUAUAGGAAUAAAGUCAAUAGAAUAGACAAAAAGAAAGUUAAAUAUUUAGAAAAAAAACAACAGCAGGAAUGGAAAGAACUGUAAUUUUCCAAGAUUAAGUCACAAUGUUAAGAAAAAAAUGUUUCAUGUUCUCACGAAAAAAAAGAAAAAAAAAACCUCGUAAUAUGAGAAAAAAGAAGUGUCAUUUUAGUAGCAUAGAUUUGAAAUAAAGAAAAAGAGAAACAAACCCAACAACCAGUAAAGUUGUAAUUUUUGGAAACAGACUGCGGAAGAAGUUAUAAUGUUACGAAAAAAAAAGUACAAAUAUUAAUGGAAUAAAGUCCUAAUUACGUCAAGAAAAUGUAAAAGUUAAAAUAAAAAGAAAACCAACAGCGGGAAUGGAAAUACCAGCUAUAAUUUUACCACAAUAAAAUCAAAAUAUUUAGGAAAAAUAAGUCUUAUUGUAACAAGAAAAUAGUUGCAAAUUUACGAGAAUAAAUAUGGAAUAUUAUGAGAAAAAAUAAUGUCAUUUUCGUAGCAUAGAGUUGAAAUAUGAAAAAAUAUAUAUUUUUUGAAAGUCAUAACAUUAUGAGAAGCAAACAAAACAAAAUGAAAAUUGAAAAUAAAAAUAUAGGAAUAAAGUCAUGAUAUAACACAAAAAACAUACAAGGAUUAUUCAAGAAGAAAGUUGAAAUAGUUGGAAAAUGUAAAAAAAACAGCAAAAAUGGGGUAAAAAAGAGCAAAAUCCAAAGUUCACACUAUGAAUACACUUUUCACCUAUACCUCCUAUUUUCUUAAAACAUACACCACUUCCUAGCAUAUCUACAUGUGGUUUACAGCCUAUCAAAGCGGCCCUUGCAUCCUUUCAUUUUUCAGAAUCUGGCCCUCAGUGGAAAAAGUUUGGACACCCCUGAUUUAAAGAAUAUAAAGCAUCAUUGAGUUGAAAACCACAGAGCUUUUUGAUCACGGCGUGUGUCAUAUCUUUGCACAGCAGAGACACUGAAAUAGCCUCAAGAUGCUGUCAGGGGGUGUAUAAUGUUUGUUGUGGUGGUCCAGGGUUGCAUGGGUAACUUGGCAUAUAAAUAGGAAAUGCUCUCCGACAAAGGGAUGGCCUUAUUUCCUGCACAUGAUAAGUGUUUGGAGAAGCUGGGGCAUAUGCCACCCCUUGAGGAGCGUCCCGAGCAUGAAAUUCACUGGUGGGAGUCGCAUUUUGCUGAGUUUAGGGGAACACUGUUUCAAAGCUUAGCUGUCGGGUGCCACUGGAGGACACACACAGCGAAUGGGACACUCCCAUUGCUGGAAUGUUUGGAGAACAUAUCGGUGCUUUUGGGAUGUGAAUGGACACCGCUGCAGUGCCUCCAUGCAGAGGUUACACUUUUGCUUGAUUAAUGAAGAAUGUUGUUAUUUCUUAAUGUUAUUUUGAACGGAAUGCGAUGCCAUAGCAGAGGUCAAACUAGGUGAGAUGGAAUCAAGAGUGCCUCUGCCAGUUGCAGUCGAGCAAGGCCCCCCAUUUCACACACACCAUUAACCACUUCCACAGCUGACAGCCAUUCCCGUGACAGCUUGAACACACAAAAUGUACCAAGCCCAGUGUCAUAUUUUUGUGAGUCAUCUUCAAGUGUGUCAUCUUCACUGCUUACCUCCUCUGGCUUCCCGAGACAGCGCCUUAGCCUGCAACAUCCUGUGCUUGACCACUUCAUCCACGCCUGAGUGCAUCGGCAUCAUUAUUUCCCUCUGGUAGAAAGACACAAUUAUGCCAUUGUUACAUGUAUUACUAUUAGGGCUGUCAAAUGAUCACAAAUUUUAAUCAGAUUAAUCACAUUUUUUUAAUGAAUUAAUCAUGAUUAAUCACCAUUAGCAGCUAUGGUUGAAAUAUGCCCAUUUUUACUGUAUUUAAUGAACAGAAAGAUAAAUGACAGGACAGGAUUGUGUAUUAACAGCUCCAAACGAACUGAAUAUGUCAAUCAAGCUAAAAGAUACCACUCAAGUCUAAAAAUCUAUUUGUCCAACACCAGUCUCUUUAAUGGCCGCACGGUGGAAGUCAGCUGGGAUAGGCUCCAGCAUACCAGUGACCCUAGUGAGGAGAAAGCGGCAUAGAAAAUGGAUGGAUAGUCUCUUUAAUGGUAGCAGAAAAUUUGAAUCACACUUUAAACUGUUAUGAGCAAUGACGGGUUGCGUUCAAAAACAUCACCUAAUUUAAGGUAAAUUGACUUGUUUUUAGUGUAUUUUCCAGCACAAUUACAUGUAACAAAUUGUACAUCCGAAUUAAGAGUUACGAAGCCAGUGAUAAGAAGAUUCACUUCAUGUUUUUCUUUCUCUUCCUGUUUAUUUACACACACACAUUCACGCAUUAUAAAGCCGUUUUUGUGAUGUUCGGAGUGUCCCUGAAUGCAUCUCGGGUUAAUUAGAACGAGUAGGCGCCGUGCCGGAGAUGAAGGGACUAGAGGCGUGCGUGAGUUGGAGAUACGUACAGUAUACGGUGUUGGAAUUGUACCGCUGUUGGUGUGUUCAGGUGCCUUUGGGAGUGCUGUUGCAAGUCUUUGCAUUUUGAGUUGCAAUUUCCAGAGCCGUAAUGUACGGGCUGCUGUGUGAGAGCCUCCACGAUUUCAUCAAGGAGUCGUACGGGGACGAUGUGUGGAAGUUGGUCAGAGAGAGGGCAGAUGUCAGGCUGCACUCCUUUGUCACGCACCAGGUGUAUAGUGAGAGUGUGAUUCCUCGUAUUGCAAAGGCAGCCAGUGGGGUAACAGGGACACCCUACAAUGAGCUGAUGAACUCCUGGGGGGUCUACUUCCUGGGCUUUGUGGGGAAGUACGGCUAUGACAGGAUCCUCAAGGUGCUUGGCCGUCAUGUCCGUGACUUUGUUAACGGCCUGGACAACCUCCACGAGUAUCUGCGUUUCAGCUACCCCAAAGUGCAGCCACCGACCUUCUUCUGCCAGGAGGAGUCCGCCACUGGAGUCACCCUGCACUACAGGAGUAAGCGCAAGGGCUACCUGCACUACGCCAUGGGUCAGCUGAGGCAGAUGGGCAAGCAGUUCUAUGACACAGACAUCCAUGUGGAGGUGCUGUCUGAGCAGAUGGUAGGAGACUACUCUCACGUCACCAUGAGGUUGAACUUUGACAACUCUGCUUACCGCUACAUCAUGAAGGAGGACGAAGAAGAGCAAGAGAUCCUGCCAAUCACCUCUGAUUUCUUCUUUGAGGUCUUUCCUUUUAACAUCGUCUUCAGACAGGACAUGGUGGUGCACAACGUCGGGUCCGGCUUGGCCACAGUCUUCCCUGAUUUGGACGGAAAGAAGAUCAAUGAUGCCUUCUUGUUGGCUCGCCCCCUGGUGGAGUUCACGUGGAACAUGAUCAUCUCCCACCCCAACAACUUGUUUGAGAUCAUGUCCAAAGAACCUGUGAAGAGAGAGAGGAAUCUCCACAACCGAGUCCAGAAUUCUGACUAUGAAAAUGCCAAUCGUUCGGCUGAUGUGGACGUGGAGCUCAUGGCUUUCCAGUCCAUCAUAGGAGACGAUUACAAAGAUGGUAACAGCGCUAAUGCCAUGGAGAGCUGGGGCGACGGGAGCCGUUGCCUGAAACUGAAAGGACAAAUGAGAUACAUGCCUGAGUGGGAGUCUAUCAUCUUUCUGGGAACUCCUGUGAUGGAGAGCCUAAGUGCUAUGUUUAAGACUGGCCUGUACAUCAAUGACCUAAGCAUGCACGACUCCAGUCGAGAUUUGGUGCUGGCAGGCACACAGCAGUCAGAGGAGCUGAAAAGAGCACUCAUCCAGGAGCAAAAAAAGUCCAGCAAGCUGGAAGAGAGCAUGAAGAUGCUCGACUAUGAGAUGAAGAAGACCGACGACCUUCUGUACAGAAUGAUUCCCAAGCCGGUGGCGAAGAGGCUGCGCAAAGGAGAGCCGGCUGUAAACACUUGUGAGGUGUUCCCAGAUGUCACCAUUCUUUUCAGUGACGUGGUGGGAUUCACUCGCAUCUGCAGCCACAUCACUCCCAUGCAGGUGGUGUCCAUGCUGAACACCAUGUACACGCUGUUUGACACACUCAGCGAGAAGCACAGAGUCUUCAAGGUUGAGACCAUUGGAGACGCCUACAUGGUGGUGGCGGGAGCUCCAGAGAAGACCAAGUACCACGCCCAUAACAUUUGCGACAUGGCGUUGGACAUGGUGCGCUCUAUUGAUCACCUGAAAGACCCCUCAAAUGGAAACAACAUACAGAUACGUGUUGGCAUCCACUCCGGGAUGGUAGUCGCAGGUGUGGUAGGACACAAGAUGCCACGUUAUGGUCUUCACGGCGACACGGUCCACACGGCGUCUGCCAUGGAGAGCAAUGGAAAGGAGAUGCACAUUCAGCUCAGCAGCGCCACCUACGAGCACCUGAAAGGAAGCCACUUUAUUUUUGAAAGAAGGGGCAUCAUUACCAUCAAGGGAAAUGUUGAGAUUGAGACCUACUGGCUGAAAGGAAAGCGGGACAAAGACGGCAACGCUCAGGCGGCGUGUCCUCAAUUCGAGACCCAAACCAUCAGUAAGGCCAUCAGCAAGGCCACCAUCAGUGGGCCUGAAGCCACAGGCGAUGAGGAAGGACUGGAGUUCCCACUGGUGGCGGGUGAGGAUGAGGACGACGUCAAGUCCAUUCACUCUCAUCGCAUCAAGAUGGAGAUUUCGGGCCAUUCCCUGGAGGAGUCCAUGGAGGAGUGUCAGGUGGAGGAGCUGUCAGUUCAUAAGUCCCACUACAAAGACACUUUGCAGGAUGGCCUGGAGGACGCUCACCUGGAGCUGGAGUCACCGGAGUCUGACGGCAGGGACUCCAUCACGGAGUCACGCGACAGCUCCUGUGACUCCCGCUGCUCCAAGAGCGCCAUGUGUUCUGUGUCCUGAACUCUCCCGCGCUAAUACGUGGAUGACGGCAACCUGAUGCUACCUGAUGCUGCUGCUUGUGCACGACUCAAAGCCCGAUAUCUGGUAGACAUGUUGGAUUUUUUUUUUUGUUAGAAUGUAGACCAAAGUUUUUGGGCAAACUUUUUGACUCGUGGGCCACACUGGGUUAAAAAAUUUGGUGGAGGGUUCGUCUGUAUACGUAUAUAUACAUGGUAGGUGGUCAUCAAACAGACUGACAUACUUGCUCACGGUGCAACUAAACGAAAGCACAACACAUCCACAGCAACGCACCACAUAAAUCAACUACUACUACUACUACUACUACUACUACUACUACUAAUACUAAGUGGGCGAUAAACAACAACUAAGCGCUAAGCAUAACACGUAACUUAAAACUGUUAUUUUCAAAGGCCCGCAAGGCAUGCUGGGUAGUCCAGCUGCAACAACAAUAUGAACUAUGAACAAUAAAACAUUGGAUACCAAGAGUACUACAAGCUACCCAGCAUGCCUUGCAGCGGGACGAUAGGUGUUUUUUGACGUAUUUUGUGUAUUGAUUUGUAUGCCCACGCGGUGCAGUAGGGAGGUUACUUUGUGUGUGUUGGCGUGUUGUGUUGUUUGGAUGGCUUUUUUUCCCUCCGAGCUGUGGAUUGCAUGUGACUAUUUUGGUGACUCAAGCGUGCCACAAUAGCACUGCAAGUCAUGUUGCCGGCUACAGUUUCAGUGUUCAAGGGUUUAAAAAACAAAGGAAUUAUCGCCCCUGCUGUAGAGUGACAUCUUUUCAAGUGGCAUGUGCCAUUUUACUGCAUAGCUCAAUCAUGUGAUUUCAUUGAUUUCCUUUGAACAGAAAUAAAAGUCUUAAUGUUUUCCGUUUUUGCACCAAAAAGUGUUCGUUGCCAGGUGGUUGAACACGGUUAUAUUGUACUGAAGACGUUUCUUGCAGUGUUGCACGCUACAUCUGCCUGGCUUUGUCUUUCCCUGUGCAUCAAUCAGCUUGAGUGCAAUAGAAUUAAAGCAAG